ACUUUGAUGAGAACACGCUUUCUGGGUCUGUGAGAAGAACGCACCACAGACAGAGAAGGUUUGUGAGAAGUAAAGAAGACGCAAACAGUGCUUUGAUUUUGAUUGGAUAAAAGGAACAAAUAAACAAAGUUAUAUUGGAAACGUGCCUAACGCUACUUCUUCGCCACAUGCAACAGUGACGCCACGUCACCGCAAGAUCCAUUCGUUUGGAAUCAUCGUUCCACCCACCUUGGUUCCAUCCAUCUUCAAAAAGCAAAGAAUUUGAGUAAUGGGUUUUGAAAUUCAAGUAAUUUGAGUCGUGGGUUUUGAAAUUCACGCGAUUUGGGACGUGAGUUUUUGAAAUUCGAGGCCAUUUGGUUGAUGGGUUUGGGAGGAAUCUGAGGAAAAUUUUCAAUGUCGGAGAGCGAUCAGCGUCGUCUUCUCGGGGCUUCCGAGGAUGACGUGGAGUCUGGAGGGUCGGAAUUGGCUUUGGCGGUCGUCAAUGGCAGCAGUGGCAACAACAACAACAACAACAAAGGUUUUAGGGAUUUGUUAAGGUUGUCGGGUCACCGACACAGUUUGAAGCGCAUUGAGAAAGAAGAAGAUAGAGAUAGAGACAGGGAUAGGGGUAUAGAUAGAGAUAGAAGAGAUCAAAAUCGGCAUCUCCACGAUGUGGAUCUUGAUUCUUCUGUUGAUGUGCUUGGGGACAGUGCACCUCCUGAAUGGGCGUUGCUUCUUAUUGGUUGCCUCAUUGGACUCACCACUGGGCUAUUUGUGGCACUUUUCAAUAAAGGGGUGCAUGUAAUACAUGAAUGGGUAUGGGCUGGUACUCCAGUUGAAGGUGCUGCCUGGCUUCGUAUUCAGAGAUUGGCUGAUACAUGGCAUCGAAUCCUUUUAAUACCUGUCACUGGAGGAGUCAUUGUUGGCAUGAUGUGUGGUUUACUGGAAAUACUGGACCAAAUAAAGCAAUCCACUUCCUCUCAAACACAAGGAUUUGAUUUUCUUGCAGGAAUCUUUCCAACAAUAAAGGCUAUCCAGGCUGCAGUUACUUUAGGUACUGGGUGUUCAUUGGGUCCUGAAGGUCCUAGUGUUGAUAUUGGGAAGUCAUGUGCCAAUGGAUUCUCACUAAUGAUGGAACACGACAGAGAAAGGAAAAUAGCACUUGUUGCGGCUGGUGCAGCAGCUGGUAUUUCUUCAGGCUUCAAUGCUCCAGUUGCUGGUUGUUUCUUUGCUAUUGAAACUGUGCUGAGGCCUCUUCGUGCAGAGAACUCACCCCCAUUUACAACUGCCAUGAUUAUAUUGGCUUCUGUUAUCUCGUCAACUGUAUCUAAUGUUUUACAGGGGACCCAAUCAGCUUUUACAAUACCCGAGUAUGAUUUGAAAUCUGCUGCUGAGCUACCUUUAUACCUGAUAUUGGGAAUGCUAUGUGGUGUUAUAAGUGUGGCCCUGACUCGUUUGGUUGCUUGGUUCACCAAAUUAUUUAAGAUUAUUCAAGAUAAGUUUGGCAUUCCUACCGUGGUCUGCCCUGCUUUAGGUGGCUUUGGAGCUGGGAUCAUUGCUCUUAAAUAUCCUGGAAUAUUGUAUUGGGGUUUCACAAAUGUGGAAGAAAUUCUACGUACUGGAAAGAGUGCUUCAGCUCCUGGAAUAUGGCUUCUGGCUCAAUUGGUAGCUGCUAAGGUUAUUGCAACGGCUCUUUGCAAGGGAUCUGGGCUAGUAGGUGGUCUUUAUGCACCGAGUUUAAUGAUAGGUGCCGCAGCUGGUGCUGUAUUUGGAGGCUUUUCUGCUGAAGUUAUUAAUUCAGCAAUUCCUGGAAAUACUGCUGUUGCUCAGCCCCCAGCAUAUGCUCUGGUUGGAAUGGCUGCUACACUAGCAUCUGCUUGUUCUGUUCCUUUGACAUCGGUUCUACUUCUUUUUGAGCUGACAAAAGAUUAUAGGAUACUGCUUCCACUCAUGGGAGCUGUUGGAUUGGCAAUAUGGGUACCCUCAGUGACAAACCGGGUGAAGGAGAGUGAGACACCUGAUUCAAGUAAAUCAGCAAGAGGAUACUCUCCAAUUUCACAUGCCGGAUAUGAUAAUGAAGAUAACUGGAGACAAGCCAAUGAUGGGAAUGAUUUAGAACUCCGUAUUGUUGAUGGCACUAAUCUUGAACCAAUUGAUAAGGAACUGCUUCUGGACAAUCUUCAGGUUUCUCAGGCCAUGUCAAAACAAUAUCUGAAGGUUUUGUCAUCUGCAACCCUGAAAGAUGCAAUAAAAUGCAUGCAUGACAGCCAGCAGAAUUGUGUGCUGGUGGUUGAUAAAGAAGAUUUUCUAGAAGGAAUAUUGACAGAUGGUGACGUUAAAAGGUGUCUGUCCCAGAAGUCUAAUGACACUUCGAAUGGCGAUUCAGGGAUUGUGGAUGCAAACACAUGCCUUGUUUCCUCUGUUUGUACUCGAGGGAUGAGCUAUCGUGGACGAGAGCGAGGAAUCUUAACCUGCUAUCCAAAUACUAGUUUGGCUAUGGCCAAAGAGUUGAUGGAGGCCAAGGACAUUAAGCAAUUACCAGUGGUUAAACGUGGUGUAGAUCACAGUAGAGAAAUGAAGAGGAGAAUUGUUGGUCUUCUUCAUUAUGAUGCACUAUGGCAAUGUCUCAGGAAAGAUAUUAAUCACAGGCAGACAGCCCAUCAAAAUAGGACAGAUAACAAUUUGGCUGUGAAAACAACAAAUGGGCACUAAUUCUGUAGUCAAUCUUUUUUGUUGCUCUUAUGAAGGAAAUAGUGAGGUUGUAGCAAGAAGCUCCCUUGGUUGCCUUCAAAAGUGAGACUAUAUAAUUCAUGUAUAUUCUAGUGCCAAAAUAAUGGUUAUUGGAUAAGGAAGAAAGUAUUUCCAACCCCCACAAGUCUAAAUCAUAACUUGAGAUUCUUUUGCAUAAUUUAGGACACUGCAGCGUGUAAAGUAACUCUUGAGAAGCAAAGGACUACGGAAUACGAUGGGAAAUAGAAAAAAAGGUGUUUAAACACUGAAAUUUGUUCCUUUUGUAUUUCUAUUCUUCCCUCCUCAACAUUGGACUUUUUUUUAGGCAAAGCAAAAGCAUACUUAAUUUCGAUACCAUUUUAUUUUAUGAAAAUUCUGUUAUGCCAUGGUUCAUCUUGUGAA